UUCCAAACAUUAAUAUGAUUCUGUAAUUUUUGUGAUAUUUAAAAAACUUAAGUAUAAAAUAAAUACUGUAGUGUUACAGUAAAAGUUAGUUUUAAGUUAUAUAUUAGAUAAGAAUGAGGUUGUUAAUAAUCUGCAGUAUAUAUUUUUGUUUAUUUAUACGUAAUGUAGAACUAAAAACUAAAAAAUCUAAAUCAGUGACUACAUUAUUAGAAGCAAAAUGGGAAGUUACCCCAUUAGUCCUAGAGGUAGCGGAAUACUUAGCUGAUGAAAGUUUGGAUUUUUAUUGGAACUUUAUUGAUUCCAUCAGCUCGUUGAAUCCUCCAUUAGCGACGAUAGAAAAUGAUAGAGAGCGAUACAGUAAAGUUAUGGAUCACGCGUCUCGACUAAUCACAUCAUCACAAUUAGGUCUAUUAAAAUUAGGAUUAUCAAUGCAUAUUUACUCACCCAAGGUACAAAUGUAUGAGCAAAUAGCUCACGAAAGGAAUUUACCGUCUUGUCCCACAGUUGCCGAUGUUAAAGGAAUUUUAACUUGUGAUAUAGCAGAAUUAAAAAGAUUAAUAAAGAAUCCUUCUGGUAUAGAAAGAACAUUGGAUUUGUAUAGAGUAGAUCAUCAUUAUCCAGGGUCAGCUAAUAGGUCACUCGCUGUGGCUCUUUAUGGAGAACUAGGCACUGAAAGUUUCGCUAAAUUUCAUGCUUUACUUAAAGAAGAAGCUGUAGCUGGAAAUAUUGAUUAUGUUGUUCGAUACAGUGUUAAUAACAAGGAAAAUAAACGGCUGCGCUUGUCAGGGUACGGAGUAGAACUUCAGAUGAAAUCGACUGAAUAUAAAUCACAAGAUGAUACUCAACUACACGACGAUCCAAGUUCUGAGGAAUCUUCCCAGGAAGACGAAGAUACUGAAAUUGAAGGUUUCAACUUUGCAAAAAUAAAGCAAAUAUUCCCAGAACUGAAGAACAAUUUGGAUAAGUUUAAAUCACAUCUUGAAGAAAUGUCGAACGAAUUGGCACCAUUAAAAGUAUGGCAGUUCCAGGAUUUAAGCGUACAAGCUGCGGAGAGAAUUAUGAGUGCUCCUAAGGACGAAGCUUUAAAAGUGUUUAUCAAUAUUGCUCAGAACUUUCCAAUGCAGGCGAAAGGUUUGGCGAAGACAGUGGUAAAUCCCGAGUUAAAACGAGAAAUGAAGAAAAAUUCCGAUAUAUUUGCAUCCACCUUAAACCUCCAACCUUCGGACACAGCUCUAUUCAUCAAUGGAAUGUUUUACGAUAUUGAUUUAAUAGACGUAUACGGAAUAUUAGAGGUUCUCCGCAACGAGCUGAGGUCGAUGGAGGGACUCCACAACAUCGGGAUAACUAAUAAGAGAAUGUCAUCGUUACUAGCUUUGGAUUUUGGCGAUGAUAGUGACUCUCAGGAAUUCGCUAUUGACAUUAGAGAUUCAGCGAUUAAUUGGGUAAACGACAUAGAGCAGGAUUCUAAGUACGGGAGGUGGUCCAGUAGCCUUAUGGAAUUGCUGAGGCCUACCUUUCCGGGAAUGAUGCGCCAAGUUAGACGAAAUUUGUAUAAUUUGAUACUUAUUAUUGACCCAACUGACCCUUCGAUAAAAGAUGUCCUGAAGCUAAUAGAAUCAUUUGUAGUACACACUGCCCCCAUAAGGGUUGGUAUAGUUUUCAAAGUAAAUGAUACAACUACUUUGAAUGGUCUGCAAGAUGCUGGCAUUGCCAUGCAGUGCGCGCUAAAUUAUGUAAUGCAGAAAAAAGACGGACCUGCCGCUCUUAGUUUAGUCAGUGCCAUAUUAGGAAGAGCUAGUGAAAAAGUCACGGUGAAAGAUGUCAAGGAACAACUUAAAAAGCAGUAUGGGGAAGAUCCUGAAGAUAUUUUAGGUGAAGAUUCCGACUAUGAUUUCGGCAGACAGUUGUCGUCGGAUUUUAUAGAAAGAACGGGGUUACACACGUUUCCGCAGGUGCUAAUGAAUGGCGUCCCCUUACCUCAAAACCAAGUAAACACGGAUGAUUUCGAAGAAGCCAUCUUACAAGAAGUCAUGUCUCAAACUCCCAAGUUCCAGAAAGCAAUAUACCGGGGGAAAUUGUCGGAUACAGACGACGUAACCGAUUACAUAAUGAACCAACCCAACGUUAUGCCACGGCUGAACGAUAGAAUCCUCAACAAAGAAAAGUCUUUUUAUCUGGACAUGACCGGCUCUGCUAAUAGCAUAAAUAACGUACAAACUCUGCUGAAGCUUAGCCCUAGGGAUAUGACAGCGACUGCUGUGGAUAACUUGAAAUACUUUACCGUCGCUAAGAAAGGCAAGCUGUAUCACACUAUGACUUAUUGGAUCGUUGGUGAUUUGAACUGUGUAAAGUCUAGGACACUGCUACUGGAGGCCUUGGAACAUUUGAAAUCUGAGAGUGACGUAAGAGUCAGCUUCUUGCCAAACGUAAAUGGAGAUAAAAGUAAUCUAUUGAACAAAAUUGUAUUAGCCGCCCAGCAAGAGUUGCCUCCAGAAAAAUCGCUGAAUUUAGUUUUGUCUCUUUUGAGAGACGACAAAGCGGCAAAGCAACUGGAAAAUGGCGAAAAGUUGGACAUACCCGUCGAAGUAUCUUCCAAAACCAACGCCCAGGAGCUCAACUUGAAGAUGUUACGAGUAUACAGCCAGAAAGUUCUAAACUUUAAAGAAAGCGAAAGAGCCGUGGUAGCCAACGGAAGAGUUUUAGGCCCCUUAGAAAAUAAUGAGAGCUUCUCUAGUGAAGACUUUAAUCUUUUGGAGAGAUUCAGUUCCACCGUAUAUUUGGAAAAAAUUAACGGUGCCCUUGAGAAAAAUAGCGAUGAAGAAGACGAUAUUUCCAGUAAUACGCUACUGAAAAUAGUGUCGCUUUUGGUCUCAAGGCCGCAGACGAGGUCACGAUUCGACAUCAACUUCGGAGGAGACGAAUAUUCGGUAGUGAAAAUACCUGCUGCACAUCCUGAUCAAGUAGCUUUCGAUAUAGUAGCGGUAGUCGAUCCGGUUUCGAGAGGAGCACAGAAACUGGGGCCCAUUCUGCAGGUACUGCAGGAGGUGUUGAACUGCGAUAUAAGAGUGUUCUUGAAUUGCGUCGAGAAGAACAGCGAUAUGCCAGUGAAAAGUUUUUAUCGGUUUGUUUUGGAACCUGAGGUACAGUUCAGCGAUGACGGCAAACAACUUCCCGGUCCCAUAGCAAGGUUUAAUAACAUGCCGACCUCCCCACUUUUAACUCAGAACUAUCACGUUCCCGAGAACUGGUUGGUAGAGGUUGUGAGAUCCGUUUAUGAUUUGGAUAAUAUUCGGUUAGAGAACGUAGACAGCAAUGUACACAGCGAGUACGAAUUAGAGCACCUUCUUCUCGAGGGCCACUGUUUCGAGCAGAAUACGGGAAGCCCACCCAGAGGUUUACAAAUAACUUUGGGUACGGAGAGCAGGCCCGUUAUCAUGGACACCAUCGUCAUGGCUAAUCUUGGGUAUUUCCAACUGAAAGCUAACCCGGGCGCUUGGAUCCUCCGUUUGAGGCAAGGCAGAAGCGCAGACAUCUACGACAUAGUCAGUCACGACGGCACGGACAGCCCGGCGAAUUCAAGUGAUAUUAAGGUACUUCUAAGUUCCCUGAGGUCUCACAUAGUCAAAUUGAGGGUCCAGAAGAAGCCGGACAAGUUAAAUGUGGAUUUGUUGGCCGAGGAUGACACGAACUCUGGAAUUUGGAAUUCGAUAACGAGUUCCUUCACCGGCAAUGAAGAGGAAACAGAUGAAAAACUUAACAUAUUCUCUUUGGCCUCUGGUCAUCUGUACGAACGGUUCCUUAGAAUCAUGAUGUUGUCGGUGCUCAAACACACUAAAACACCUGUGAAAUUUUGGUUUUUAAAAAAUUAUCUGUCGCCUCAGAUCAAGGACUUCUUACCUUAUAUGGCCAAAGAAUACGGUUUUGAAUACGAACUGGUCCAGUACAAAUGGCCGAGGUGGUUGCACCAACAAACAGAAAAGCAACGCAUAAUCUGGGGUUAUAAAAUUCUCUUCUUAGACGUCCUUUUCCCUCUAGAUGUAAAGAAGAUAAUUUUCGUCGAUGCCGAUCAGGUCGUUAGGGCAGAUUUGAAAGAACUUCAGCAACUAGACUUAGGGGGAGCCCCUUAUGGUUACACUCCCUUCUGCGAAUCCCGCAGGGAAAUGGACGGUUUCAGGUUCUGGAAACACGGUUAUUGGAAGAACCACUUACAGGGCAGGCGCUACCACAUCUCGGCCUUGUACGUGGUAGAUUUGAGGAGGUUUAGGAGGAUAGCAGCGGGCGAUAGGUUGAGGGGGCAGUACCAAGCUCUCAGUCAGGACCCCAACAGUCUCUCUAAUCUAGACCAAGACUUGCCGAAUAACAUGAUACAUCAAGUGGCGAUUAAAUCGUUGCCCCAGGAAUGGCUGUGGUGCGAGACGUGGUGCGACGACUCUUCGAAGGAGAUAGCUAAAACCAUAGAUUUGUGUAAUAAUCCAAUGACGAAAGAAGCCAAGUUAACGGCAGCUGUAAGGAUAUUGCCCGAGUGGAAGGGAUAUGAUGAAGAAAUUCGAGAGUUGCAGAAAAAAAUCGAUUCUGGUUUAUUAGAUGCCGAUCCAGCCGAAAAUUCAGAUGUAGAUGAAAAAGAGAGGACUGAUAUACAUUCGGAAUUAUGAUAGGCAAAUUCAAUUUAUGUACAAAGUUUUUUUUAAUAAUUUGUAAACUGUAAUAUAUUUACACGUUUUUAAAUUAUAAGUAUUCAAA